GUCAGAGUGACUGACAGCUUCCUGAGGGAGCAGCUGAUAAAGGUCUAGAGUGUGAAGGUUCCUCUGGAGGGUUCACAGGUCGGACCAGAGAAGCUCCAGGUGAAGACUCCACCUUCUUCUUCUUCUUCUUCAGACUGAACCGUGCUUCUCCUGCUGCUACUUUGAGAAGUUACAGAUGAAGGAGAAUCUUCUUCACAUGUAAACAUGAAUUCAGAUGGGAGAAGCUCUGCAGCCAAUCACAGAGAGGACUGGGACUUCCCUCAAUCCCACAGACCAGUGUACGAAUCGAGUCUCGACAGCAGUGGACGACGCUCACAUGAUGACGAAAAUGAUUAUUAUGAUUAUGAGUCUGUAGCAUCAGUGACCAGCGACUCAUAUCAAACGACGCUCCACGAAGAAGAAGAAGAAGAAUGUGUUUAUGACUUUUAUGAGUCUGUAGCAUCAGUGACCAGCGACUCAUAUCAACCGACGCUCCACGAAGAAGAAGAAGAAGAAGAAGAAGAAGAAGAAGAAGAAGAAGAAGAAGAAGAAUGGUCCGAUGGUGAAAGUGUUUACAAAAUGUAUGACACACCAGAGUAUCAAGCGACGCUCCACAACAGUGACCAAUACUCAGAUGAUGAAAGAGUUUAUCAGGACGUCCCCGAGCUUCUCAGUGCUCCGUCGCUGCAGAAGAACCAAAAUGACCUGGACUCCACAUUCAUGCGGUUGGAGGAAAACAUAAUCCAAUAUGUGAAGACCCAGCUGAAGAGGUUCCAGAGGGCUCUGAGUCCCGACUGCUCCCAGUACACGUACCUAGAGAGCCACUGGGCGGACGAGGGGAUGAUGUACGGCCACGAUGACGAGCAGCGGAGGAGGUGCAGGAAGGCCUUUCUGAGGAUCACAGUGCACUUCCUCAGAAGAAUGGAGCUACACGAACUGGCUAACUCACUAAAAACCAGAACAAGAGCUGGAGUGUGUCAGCAUAAACUGAAGUCUAAGAUAAAGAAGGAUUUCCAGUGUGUGUCUGAGGAUGUCGGGGGAGCAGGACACCCAACCCUCCUGGAUCAGAUCUACACAGAGCUCUGCAUCACAGAGGGGGGGGCUGGAGAGCUCAGCCAUGAACAUGAGGUCAGACAGAUUGAAACUGCAUCCUGGAAACCAGACAGACCAGAAACAACCAUCAGACCAGAAGACAUCUUUAAAACCACAUGUGGAAGAGACGGACCAAUCAGGACAGUUCUUACAAAGGGAGUGGCUGGCAUUGGGAAAACCCUCCUCACCCAGAAGUUCACUCUGGACUGGGCUGAAGACAAAGCCAACCCCGACAUACAGUUCACAUUUCCAUUCACUUUCAGAGAGCUGAAUGUGCUGAAGAAGAAGAAGUACAGCCUGGUGGAACUCGUCCAUCACUUCUUCACUGACACCAAAGAAGCAGGAGUCUGCAGGUUUGAAGAGUUCCAGGUCCUCUUCAUCCUGGACGGUCUGGACGAGUGUCGACUUCCUCUGGACUUCCACAACACAGAGAUCCUGACCGACAUCACAGCCUCCACCUCAGUGGACGUGCUGCUGACGAACCUCAUCAGGGGGAAGCUGCUGCCAUCUGCUCGCCUCUGGAUAACCACACGACCUGCGGCAGCCAAUCAGAUCCCUCCUGAGUGUGUGGACAGGGUGACAGAGGUCAGAGGGUUCACUGACCCUCAGAAGGAGGAGUACUUCAGGAAGAGGUUCAGUGAUGAAGAACAGGCCAACACGAUCAUCUCUCACAUCCAGACGUCACGAAGCCUCCACAUCAUGUGUCACAUCCCGGUCUUCUGCUGGAUCACUGCUAAAGUUCUGAAGGACGUGUUGAACACCAGAGAGGGGGGGGAGCUGCCCAAGACGCUGACGGAGAUGUACAUCCACUUCCUGGUGGUUCAGUCCAAACUGAAGAAGCUCAGGUACCAUGGAACAGUUAGGCAAGAUCUACAUUGGAAUUCAGAAAAUAGAAAGAUGAUUGAGUCUCUGGGGAAACUGGCUUUUGAGCAGCUGCAGAAAGGAAACCUGAUCUUCUACGAGUCCGACCUGACAGAGAGUGACCUCGAUAUCACAGCCGCCUCCGUUUACUCAGGAGUGUUCACACAGAUCUUUAGAGAGGAGCGAGGCUUGUACCAGGACAAGGUGUUCUGCUUCGUCCACCUGAGCGUCCAGGAGUUUCUGGCUGCUCUUCACGUCCAUCUGACCUUCAUUAACUCUGGAGUCAAUCUGAUGUCAAAACCACGAGCAGCACCACUGAUAACCAGAGUCUUUAAAGACAGAGCUAAACUAAAAUAUCUCCAUCAGAGUGCAGUGGACAAGGCCUUACAGAGUCCUAAUGGACACCUGGACUUGUUCCUCCGUUUCCUCCUGGGUCUUUCAGUGCAGACCAAUCAGAAACAUCUACACGGCCUGUUGACACAGACAGGAAGUAACGGACAGAUAAAACAGAAAACAGUUGAGUACAUCAAGGAGAAGAUCAGUGAGGAUCUGUCUGUGGAGGGAAGCAUCAACCUGUUCCACUGUCUGAAUGAACUGAGUGACCGUUCUCUAGAGGACGAGAUCCAUCAGUCCCUCAAAUCAGGACGUCUCUCCACAGAGAAACUGUCUCCUGCUCAGUGGUCAGCUCUGAACUUCAUCUUACUGUCAUCAGGAAAAGAUCUGGAGGUGUUUGACCUGAAGAAAUACUCUGGUUCAGAGGAGGCUCUUCUGAGGCUGCUGCCGGUGGUCACAGCCUCCAAAAAAGCUCUGCUGAGCGGCUGUAACCUCUCAGAGAGAAGCUGUAGAGCUCUGUCCUCAGUCCUCAGCUCGACGUCCUGCAGACUGACAGAACUGGACCUGAGUAACAAUGACCUGCAGGAUUCAGGAGUGAAGCUGCUGGCUGCAGGUCUGAAGAGUCCACACUGCAAACUGGAAACUCUCAGUCUGUCAGGUUGUCUGAUCACAGACGAAAGCUGUGUGUCUGUAGCUUCUGCUCUGAGUAACAACCACCUCCACCUGAGAGAGCUGGACCUGAGCAACAACAACCUGCAGGGUCCAGGAGUGAAGCUGCUGUCCGCUGCACUGGACGACCAGUACUGGAGACUGGACUGUCUGAAGGUGGACGAAGGUGGAGAGCAGAUGCUGACUCCAAGUCUGAGGAAAUUUUCCUGCGACCUCACUGUCGACCCGGUCACCGCUCACAGGAACCUGCGGCUGUCUGACGGCUGCAGGACGGUGGAGCUGGUGAACGAGCAGCAGUCGUACCCUGAGGCCCCGGAGAGGUUUGAUUUCUUCUGUCAGCUGCUGUGCAGGAAUGGUCUGAGCGGUCGCUGCUACUGGGAGGUGGCGUGGAGUGGACAGGUGGACAUCGCGGUGACUCUCAGAGGAAUCAGAAGGAAAGGUUACAGAAACGCCUGCAGGCUGGGAGGGAACGACCAGUCCUGGUGUCUGAGCUGCUCGGAUCAUUGUUACUCUGUGUGGCACGACAACACAGAGACACUCGUUCCUGUCCCUGCGGCCUCCGUCUCUCACAGGGUGGGGGUGUAUGUGGACUGUCUUGCCGGCAUCUUGUCCUUCUACCGCGUCUCCUCGGACACACCGAUACACCUCCACACCUUCAACAUCAGAUUCACGAAUCUCUUCUACCCUGGGUUCAGGGUGUGGUUUGGCUCAGUGUCUCUGUGCUCAAGCUAAAGGAACUCACACUGUUGCCUAAAGAACUGAACAACCACUCCGUGCCCUUUACACCACGAGUCACCAUCACACACACACAAACCACUGUGUGGGCGUUGGGUCGCAUCUUGGCCAAGGACACGGACAUGUGGACUGUACCAACCGGGGAUCUCCCUUUUUCCCCCCGUCCAGCAGCAUAUCAUUAUUUGGGAAAUGUCAUUGGCUAAACGAUACGCCAUCAUCAGAACAAUCGGUUGCAAUUGGCUCAGCUUUUACACGUCAGAAGAGGGGCGGGCUCUUUCCAACAACAAGGUGCCUCGUUGGCUAUUGCAGGCUGUGGACAGCCCAUGCCAGCUCCGAUUGGGUCAAGUUUAGAUUGACAGCUCUCUUGAACCAAUAGGAUAUGGCUAUCCACCAUUGGCUGAGAUUGCGCAACAGCUGACAGUGGCUAUUCGUUGGUGUAAUAGCGUGUUUUCUCUGAUUAUGUUUCUGGAUCGGAUCGUCUGGACCUUUGACCAUGUACCAACACCGUCUUGUUGGAAUGUUUUUGAUCUGUGGAUUAAUAUGUAGCUUCUUAGGUGAGUGACGUCGACUUUGAGAUAGUAGUUUUAUCUACUUCCUGUCUGACUGAGACGUUGAUUGUACCGGCUGUGGUGAUCGGAUCUUGAAAUGGUAAAUAACAAUGUUUGACGCUGAUCGGUAAAACAGCGCCCAUGGGCCGAUGCCCUCGAGUGUGUGGAUCAUGUGGUUGAUGUGACAUGUAUGUGUUAAGUGUGGGGAGAUGUGUGUGUGUGCGUUGGUGCCCGGUUAGAGAAGUUAGUUAGACCGUGAAGAGCAUUACAUAACUAACAUUAACUUUCAAAUAACUUAUUAACAAAAUAUCCCAGCGACACAAAUCAACAUGAAUAGAGUUGAACAGUCUUUGCUUAUCUAAUGUAAUUAUUCAGCCCAGUUGUGUUAGGGUCCUUUUUGAUGUGCUGUUUGAAGUCCAGUGAACUGGUCCUGCUGGUUUGUGUUGGGAUUUUAAAUUUGAGCUUGUCUGUGUGUCUGUGUCUCUGAAGAUGUUAAUGGAACUGUACUGUAAACACAUGAAGGAGGGGGGGGCAGGAGCAGAUAUAUGCCUUCACACCAUGACUUCUAAUAACUGAUGCUGCUUGGUGUUAUCUUAUAUUAUAUAUUAAAGCAUAACUCCCUGAGAUUCAUUCAACAUCACACAGAGCUCCAGCAGCUGCCCCAGGUUCUGGAGGGCAGACGGAGGGGCGUUGUUUUGCUGUAACUUUUCAUACCUUUCAUUGCUUCUUAAUAAAUACUUGAUUGAACCAAA